AUGGGUGCAACGACAGCCAAAAAACUCCGGGAAUGGUCUGAGUGGUGGAACGAAGACUUCAGACACUAUUACUAUGCUAAAAUGAAGAACGGCUAUUUACCAUCAUUGUGUCGCUUUACUUCGAAGUAUGCCGGUAAAUAUGAGGUUGAUUUCGACAACGUGAAGGAGACUCUUCAUAUUAUAUUGCCCAAAGACGAUUAUUAUCACAAGGGCGUUUACGCUCACAGAGAAAUUAGAAGAGAGCUUGAAGCAGCAAUGACAAAGCACAUGCCUGGAUAUUGGGUAAAGGAUGAGGCGAGGCACGGAGAAAGGGAUGAACACUUUUCAAAGUCGGUGGAAGAGCACUAUCAAGAGCAGGAGGCUUAA